AUGGUCUGUGUGUGUCUUAGAAUCGUACAAAAUGUGUACUGUUAUACCGAUAUUUUUGUUGGAACUUUAUUUAAAUUACUAAAAUUGCCCACCACUUCCACAAACUUCUACGCUUCACCGUUGAUGACAGCCUAUCAAGGCUAUAAGGGCGGUCCAGUAGGCUAUGGAGAUCCAGACGACCGCACCAUUGCGGAUACGGAGCGGGGCACGCUAUUCUCCAAGUUCGUACAGGAGCGUCUCAUGUUCGACUUGUGUGAGCGUGAAUGGCGUCACUGGCGCACUUGCAUCCGUGCUCACAAGGACAGUUGGGUCCCCUCGCGCAAGUGCAAGGUGGAGUUUGCCCUGGUCAAUGAGUGCCAAAACACGCUAGUCCAAGAUCCGGAGCAGAUGAAGAAAUUUGAGGAGGAGUACCUUCAACGACGCGCAGAAUUUCGUCGAACUGGUGUCGGUGUGCGCUUUUUUACCAAAGAGAUGCUGCGAAGGUCUAGUGCGGGCAGCGAUGAUAUCAAAUAA